AUGGCUUAUUUAUUAUUGUAUGUGGAUGAUAUUAUAUUAACAACAUCAUGUGAUGCUCUCCUCUACUCUAUCAUCACUAAACUAAGUACUGAAUUUGCUAUGAAAGACUUGGGUGCUUUGAGCUAUUUUUUGGGUAUUGUUGCUCAUCGUCAUGCAUGUGGUCUCUUUCUCUCCCAGCAUAAGUAUGCUGCAGAAAUUAUUGAUCGUGCUGGGAUAUCUUCUUGUAAGCCAUCUCCAACUCUAGUUGACACUAAGCCAAAGUUGAGUGCUGCUGCUAGCACCCCUUAUGAGGAUCCUUCUCAUUAUCGUAGUUUGACCGACGCUCUUCAGUAUCUCACAUUCACCCGGUCGAAUAUCUUGCAUGUUGUUCAGCAGGUGAGUUCACACAUGCAUGACCCUUUGGGACGAGCAUAUGCAUGA